AUGCGAGUGAGCGAGCGCCACGGCCGGGAGGAAUGGCGGCCGGGACUGGGGGACUCGUGGAUAGAGGAGCGAGCGAGCGCGGCCCCGCCUGAGUUACCGAGGCCCCGGACGGGAUCUGGCGGUGGCCAGGCCGGGGUGCGCACCGGGAAAAGGCCCUACUCAUCGUGCGCAGGGCGGUGGCCUGGUGGCGCGGACCAGGCCCUGGGAGGCUGGGCGGAGAGUGACCGGGCCGGCGCCUCGCCUUGUCCGGCGACCCCGCGGGACGCCCGGCCGCGCUCGCCCAUUCUCCCCCAGCCCGCUCGGGUCGCGCUUGUCGCCGGGGGUCGCUUUUUGCCGCCGGACGCAUGCUCUUCGGGAGCCCCGGGCUCGCGCGGUGCCUCCGGCUUUCCGGUCCGCGGCGUUCUGGUUCCCCGCUCGCUUUGUGGCGCCGAUGCAAGGCGCUAUUAUGGGGUCACAGUCGUCCUUUCGGGCUGUUCUUUUGGGGACCGGGCCGGCUUGGGCAGGCAGGGAGGGAUGGAUGCGGUUGCAGUGGCCCCAACCGGACUGAACCCCUGGCGCCCGCCUGCGCUCGCAAGUUGGUCUCGGCCCGGCGCCGCGGCCUCGGCGCGUCCCCGUCCCGCGGGAGCGCGCGCUCCGACCCCGGAGUUUCAGCCCUCCAUAGAUUCCAGAAUAUGGCCUUGCUGUCCUUAGCAGUGGAGUCAGUCUGGGAUGAAGUUAAGUUUUAUGGAGACCAUUGACUUGAUUUUGAACUUAUCUUUGACAUAUGUCUGCAGAGAAGGGUGUUAAUACUAUUAUUUAAGGGCCAGUUGUAAGUUCACCUUGCCAUUUUAAAGUAAUCUUGUAGUUUAUCGGUAAGGUACACACCUUUUGUUUUGCUUAAAAUGAAAACAUGGGCAUUACAUGAAGUAUAAAUCAAAU